AGCCCCAAAACAGUUCGGAUUCGGAGACCUCGACUAAGGACAAUAACGACAAUCGUACCUCCUGUCUCAGAAAGCCCCGAGGGCGUCGCCGCUCACGUUGAAAGAGUUAAUGAGGAAUAUUCCUCAGGAUGCUGUGUUUGCGGAUCGUCUGGAGGUGCCGCUGUUGUGCUUGCGCUUCUUGAAGGCUUUGGACGGCUAAACGUGGUCCGUCACGUCACAGUCAUUGCUGCACGAGCAGCAGCAAUGUGCUUCCAUCUCGCCGCUCCUGUCACCUGGUACCGAUGUGGGGCUUGUUGCCCUAUUUCUUCUUCCAUCGUCGAAUUCCAGGUACUGCUAGUCUAGGGUGUGUGAACGUCUUGUUCAUUCAGCCUUUCUCGAAACUGAGGAUGUUGAGCUUGGUCAAGAUGUUACUUUCUGGAGCACUCCAGGCGCUUCUUAGUAUUUUAGAGUUUAUUCAUGUCGUGUGAAUUGUAUGUCACUCUCAACAAUUUCGGUGUAUCGCGAUCCGGCCAUGAAAAUUUUCAUUCGAGGAUUCGAUGUUGUGAUUAGAGCUGGUACCAUUUGAAGUGCAUACUCUCUGGGACUGGGAUUUCACACUUAACGGUGAGGGGAGGUGCGGACUGGACACAAAGACGGUGCGAUGGGGGCUGACACCCUUCCGUGGAUAUCCGCAAUCUCCUCCGAAUCAGAGGAUGAUGACAGACCAUCCGGUGAAAGGCGAUACUCUGCUAUAAUUCGAGUAGCAAAGUCCGAGGUCUAUAGUGGUGAAGACGACGACGUGCAAAUUCUGAAUGUAUCGAAAACAGAAAUCGAGUGUCUCGACCUCGAUAGUGACAAUUCUGUUCCUCAAAAUCUGGACCAUGAAUUAUCUGCGAGCCUCUUAAACUCCACUGGACUCAAAGAGGUAUUCCAAUUUGUUGGCACUAGCGAGUCGACGACUCAGCAGAUUUCCUCUGUCUCCGCAAGGAAAAAGAAGAAAAACGAAGCCCGUCAACAGAGGCGAGAGCGAGCUAUCCUUAGGCGUCAAGAAAAAGAAGCAAAUGGUGCUGAUAUGCCGCUGAAUUUCAGUGAUGAACCAGAACGAAGGGAAGCGGAGGCUCAAGCGAGAAGGGGGCCUUCAGCUUCAACCGGUUUGGGUUUCAUUGAUAUGGAAAGGCUGGUGACUGGAAGUAACACUCUAGAGUGGUGCAACAGCUUACGCAUGUGUCAAGGACCUGAACAGUCCAACCUUCAUUGGAACGUGGUCAAGUUCUGCAAUGCCCACGAGCUUACUCCUGAACAAAUAGACAUCAGGAGGGACGCCCUAGAGUAUGUGAAGCAAGCUGUAUAUGAAAUAUGGCCGAGUGCGGAGGUCCAUCUGUUUGGUUCCACAGCAACGGGUUUGGCUCUUCCUUGGAGCGAUAUCGACGUCGCAGUCAUGUCACCUAUGCACAGUGGUACCUGGCAAAAGCCCUCUACGAUGUCAUGGCUUUCAGCUCUCAGUCGAAAUCUCAAACGCCACGGUCAGUGCAAAAAAAUAAGGCCAAUACCGUUUGCCAAAGUCCCACUCUUGAAAGUUGUGUUCACCACGGGACUUGCUUGUGACAUUUCUUUUGAUGUACCGAACGGACCCAGAGGAGUGCCUGUUAUUCGAGAGUUCAUGCAGCACUUUGAAGCUCUUCGCCCUCUUUGUCUUGUUCUCAAAUACUUUUUGGGACAGAAGGAUUUGAAUGAGCUUUACACAGGCGGGAUUGGGAGUUUCUGCCUGAUCAAUAUGGUCGUGAGUCAUCUCCAGAAUCUGGGAGUGCAUGGAUCGGGCCACGAUCUUGGGGUCCUUCUGCUAUCAUUUUUCAAUCAUUAUGGCAUCAUGCAUGACUAUCGGAGCGAUGUGGUAUGCACGCGGCCUGGUUAUUGUGCCCCGAAGCCCGUCAGAGGCUGGGUGAAGGCCAGCGAUCCCGACCUUCUUUCGUGCGAAGAUCCGCUAGAUCCGACUUCGGAUAUUGCUAAGGGAUCGUACAGAAUCCAUGAUGCCAAGAGGGUUUUUUUGAAAGCUAAAACAGCUUUACUUGCCCACUGGCAUGAUGAAGAUGUGCUAGCUCAAUUGAUAGACACAUCCCAGCCUCCGUCUGGGGUUAAGCCGAAGCCGCAGAGUCUCACUUCAACUCCUGCUUCUACUCCAACGUCUACUCCUGCCUCUACUCCUGCUUCAGUUGGGAAGAAGAAACAGAAGCAAAAGAAGAGGAAGAUGAAGAAUCGAGGUGUGAGCAGCAGUGAUGACGAAGAGGAUACACCAUCAGAACAAGUACGGAAGAGGCAAAAGUUUCGCGGCAAGUCCGUCGAACAGGUCAGUGACUCUAAGCGAAGAAGACUCUCAACUGUACAAAGACCUGCAAAGCUUCAGAAGAAGAAGAAGAGGAAACAAAAACUGGAAAGGAUAUACUUAGACUUUUGGGGUAAUCAUGUGAAUACAAAGCCAAGGAGGACAGGGAAAGCUGCUAGGAAAGGAAGGUCGUGAGCCCAUAGAGACUUUAGACGGACUCCAAGCUGAUGAGAAGCCGGGCGAAGUACUCGGCGGUGUGCAGCUUCACUCAGCCACGGAGAAUGUGAAAGAUGGGAGCUAGAUCGACUUAUUGUUCUUCAUCUGCAAUAUAUGGAAAAAAGCUUGUCCAUGAGAAGGCUGGCGUCUCCGGUGAACCAACGGAUUUCAUGUACAUAUGAGGUAGGAAGCUUUCUCAUAUGCCAUCCCUCCUUGAGCGGGUACAUCCACAUUGUUUUCUUGGAUUUAGGAGUGGCAGAAGCGUUUUUACCUAUUUAGUCGCAAAGCGGACGAUGAAUUCUGUACUUCCCUCAACUUUGUUUCAAGAGAAUAUGGGGAGUCUGACAUCGUGUACUAGAGGGUCAGUAGAAAGGUCUCUUUUCGUUUUCCGGUUUCGGCCAAGCAUUUUUUGAUGAUCUUUUGGAUUGUCUAUCCUUCUGAAAUUGUACAUUAUGCAGCCGAAUGGCUUGCCCAUUUUUACCGCCAAUCUCAUCAUUUUUGUCAUUGUCAGAAGUAGUUUCGCCCUGUUUCUGCACACGGUGACUACACAGAGCAUAAUCACUUGGUGUAUGGCUGAGCCCAUGGAGUUGGGUAUCACAAGCAUUGUAUAGCUUCUGGCAAUGCGUGGUGUAGCCGUAUCCAGUGAACAAGCAGCAUAUAGACUCACACAACAAUUUCUGUUCACUGUGACGAUUUUUAUGCUUGCCAUACCCGGCGAGCAUCCAUAGCAAUGUCAUUGAUUCCCUGGUGAGGCCCAUUUGUUCGGGCUAUGGGUCAUUCUGGUCAUUGUUGCGAUUUGCCUGCUUUUGCCUCACCUCGUGACCUUGUGCUAGUCUACUGAAGCUUACACCAGAAAAAAAUUAGUUGCACACAGGCCCUGUGUGCAACCAAAAUUGCAUCUAAUGUUAACGAACAAAUUCAAGCGUAAAACGAAGGAAAGAAUCCGAGGACCAGAUCGUUUAUUAUUCCUUUGGGGA